UAUUUCAUAUUAGGAUACAUAACCUCAAACCAACUGCGAUAGUAAACAAGCUGCUAACCGCAGAGCGUGCUCUUAAUAACUUAAGUUAAUAAUAAAAAUGAUUUGUUUCACCUAUUCGUGAAAUCUUACGCUAAUAAUUAAUAUGUAUACUCAUUUACUACAUUUAUUACGUUGAUAUUUGUAAUAUUUUGAUAAUACAGUUUAUUUGGGAUAUUUUUAAGUAAAAAAUUAUUACAAUCGCGUAAAACAUGAGUGCUGAAGAGAGGCUUGUUACUGAGGUUCCUAGUAGCUUAAAACAGCUAGCUCGUCUUGUUGUCCGUGGAUUUUACACUAUAGAGGAUGCAUUAAUCGUGGAUAUGUUAGUUAGAAAUCCAUGUAUGAAAGAAGAUGAUAUUUGUGAAUUGUUGAAGUUUGAACGUAAGAUGUUGAGAGCUAGAAUAUCUACAUUACGCAAUGACAAAUUUAUUCAAGUGAGAUUAAAAAUGGAGACAGGAUCUGAUGGCAAAGCACAGAAAGUUAACUAUUAUUUUAUCAAUUACAAAACAUUUGUAAAUGUUGUGAAAUAUAAACUGGAUUUAAUGAGAAAGAGAAUGGAAACUGAAGAGAGAGAUGCAACUAGCAGGGCUAGUUUUAAAUGUACAAAUUGCUUAAAAACAUUCACUGAUCUUGAAGCGGAUCAGCUUUUUGACAUGACAACCGGUGAGUUUAGAUGUACGUAUUGUCGAGAAGUGGUGGAGGAGGAUCAAUCUGCUCUACCGAAGAAAGAUUCUAGAUUGUUACUAGCAAAGUUUAACGAACAAUUGGAGCCACUUUACAUACUAUUAAGGGAAGUAGAAGGAAUUAAAUUAGCGCCCGAGAUACUGGAACCAGAACCUGUUGAUAUCAACACCAUUCGCGGUAUCGACACGAGAAAACCAGUCAUUCUUCGUACACCUGGCGAACACUGGUCAGGUGAAGCUACUAGAACAUCAGGCUUUGCGGUGGAGGAUACCAGAGUGGAUGUCACUAUCGGAGACGAAUCCCCCGAUGAUAACGCAGCGAAUCAUAGAAAGGAGAGACCCAUAUGGAUGAUGGAAAGCACAGUUAUCAAUGCCGAUGGUUCUCAGCCUGACGGCGUGAGUACACAGGACAGCAUCUUAGACAAAGCUGCAGCUACUGCCACGAAUGUAAUCACGAACAACAAACAGGGUGAUGAUAUCAUGUCGGUGUUGUUAGCUCACGAGAAAAAGAGUGGCCCUAAUUCUAUGACAGCCAUCAAAGCUGCACUUCCUCAGGAUUCCAGUGAUAGCAGCGAUAACGAGGAAAUGUCAGAGAUGCAGACCGUUGAUGCAGGCGAGGUGGAGAUGAUGGAAUCGGAAGACGAUGAGCUCGUGCCGACUGUCAGUGUCGCGGGCAAGACCGUUGCGAUUACCGACGUCAAUGAUACUUUAAUUGCACAAAUGACGCCCAUGGAGAAGGAGGCUUACAUCCAGACGUAUCAGGAAUAUUACUCGCACAUCUAUGACUAAGGGCGUGAGGAACAGUAUGCGUCGUCGUAUGCAUAAGACUGAUCGAUUUGAAACCUUUGCUCCUUGUAAUAUUUUGUAUAGUUAUAUGAAAUAUAUCUAAUUUUCGGAA